GCGCUUCUACCAACCAAAGCAAGGCUGCACACCGCUCGUGGUCACAUCACGGCUAGCUAUGUUAUACACGAUGUUGACUGCUGGGCCGCUACUCGGCACCAACAAAACUAGCGAAGUUACUUUGUGGCGCCACGAUUUGUAUGAAAUUAUUACCUCUGCUCGUCUGCGUUUCCAUUUCCUUCCCGCAGCAAGUAGGCAAAAAAAUUCAACGUCAUACGUAAUUCUGCCGCGUCUGCUCGUUUUAUUGGGGCUAGAUGUCAAGCUCGAUGAUGGAAUGUUUCGCGCUAGUAGAUUUCAAGGACGAUGAUCUCGGAUCAGCACGGAUGUGUGACCGUGACGACGACCAAGCUAGAAGAACAAAGCAAGUGUACUUAGUACACAUUCUUUGUUCUUCUAGCUUGGUUGUGGUCGUGGGACGAGUGGUGUACAGCUUUUCUGCAGUUGGACAACCCGCAAGACGAGUUCAGACACGGGAGUGCCGCCGCGAGGCAGCUGCGGCUGCGGCCCCGGGCCCGGUCCGCCGAGAGGCGCCGCCAAGAGGCGCCGCCAAUGCAGCAGCAAAUGCAGGGCCCACAGGGUCAGGGAGCGGCAGCCCGCCCGCCAACUCAGCAGCAAAUGUUGCCCGACCGCCAACCUCAGGAUCCGGCGCGGCCGGAUCAUGUACUUCCGGGGGCGUGGCUGUGAUCGUGGACUAGACUAAGUACCGACAUCGCUCGACCGGCGUGAUGAAAGGUACUAAAGCUGCGAAAGAUGAUUUGGUGGCAGCUCUGAGGGCAUUUUUACCGGGUACUGCUCUACAAAAAUCUCGGCACGCAUCGUCCCAGACCGUAUGUUAUAUAAAAUGCAAAUAUAUCUGGGUCUGGAAGGUUCCGAGACUUGUCAUGCAGAUUUUCCCUGAUCCACGUCGUCUGGAAUGCAGGACCUAGCAUGACAGAUUCUGUGAGAUCCCUAUCAUGCCUAUGCUGCAUGAGAAACUUCCUCUCAACUUCGUCAAAAGUGGACAACUUUUGGCAUUCAUGCAACACAGAUUUUUGCAUGAUCCAGAAUUAGCAUUACAAGUUGCAACCUUCCAGACCCAGACAUAUUUGCAAUGCAUACUUUAUGCUGGAAGACCAUGUCGACGUCCCCACGAGGACAGCAUAAUUGAAUACUUUUUAUAUAUGAGAUCAAAAAGCACGGUAGGAUUUUUACGACAUUACCAAAUCACAAUUUCAAAAAAAAGUGCCCCCGGCAGUGUAUGAUUUAUUGCAAGUAAGAACCGAACCAGUAUGAAAACUAGAACUCCUAGAAGCCCUAGCUGCAACCCUCGGCGGCCACUUGGGUUGUAGAUCAUUAAUUUCUGGCACUGAAGUCGACACUAUCUAAUAUAUGUAGUAUUGUGCCCGCUUGAGAAGAAAUACAAGCGAGCACCAACUCCGAGCAGUAGAGAUCAUUUAUGCGUCGCCUGAGGUCGGACGUGUUGUUGCAUUCCACGCACGAAAACUUUAUGGAAUCCUUCACAGGCGCCUCCCUCGUCUUUUUGACAUAUAUGGGGAGCAUAAAAAACGUGCGGAGUCAGACAGUGGAUCAAGCUCCGGCAACGACCUCUACUUAAGUG